AGGGAAAAAACAAAACAAAAAAAUAAAUAAAUAAAUAAAUAAAACCAUACAAGAAAAAAAAUAAAACAACGACGAAGAAAAAAGGAACGCUCCCAAUCAUAUCAUAACCAUAAUCAACAUCAUCAUUUUUAUUUUACCAGUUCCCCAAAGGGCCCAAAACCACUCUCCAAUCUCGAUCUCUCCGCCCAUCUUGUUUUCAAAAAACACUUUUCGGAAACAAAGGAAACAGAUUCUGCUUCUCCUCUUCCAGUUACUUACCGAUCCCGCUCAUCCCUUUCCUUUCUCAAUACGCAAUUUUUUUUUCCCUAAAAAAGAAAAAAUUCAAUUCAUAUUUCGACAUUUUUAGUAGUUUUGUUUUUUACAAAAUGAGUACCGGUGAUCUUCUCAGCAUCGAGCCUCUGGAGCUCAAGUUUCCAUUCGAAUUGAAGAAGCAGAUCUCUUGUUCGCUUCAGUUAUCUAAUAAGACGGAUAAUUAUGUGGCUUUUAAGGUAAAAACUACGAAUCCCAAAAAGUAUUGUGUUCGGCCCAACACUGGAAUUGUCUUACCUCGGUCAACAUGCGAUGUUAUAGUGACCAUGCAAGCACAAAAAGAUGCUCCGACUGACAUGCAAUGCAAGGACAAGUUUCUCCUUCAGAGUGUAAAAGCAAAUGAUGGUGCAAUCGCAAAGGAUAUUAAUGCUGAAAUGUUCAAUAAGGAGGCAGGACAUGUAGUUGAGGAGUGCAAAUUGAGAGUGCUUUAUGUUUCUCCACCGCAACCACCUUCUCCUGUUCCGGAAGGGUCAGAAGAAGGGUCUUCGCCGAGGGGUUCUAUUUCAGAGAAUGGAAAUGUCAGUGGUUUUGAGUUUGCCAACCAGGCUUCAAGAGCAUUGUCUGACAAGCUUGAUUUUCAGGACAAAUCUGCUGAGGCAAAAGCUCUUAUUUCAAAAUUGACUGAUGAAAAGAACAGUGCACUACAACAAAAUAAUAAGCUUCGUCAGGAACUGGAACUCCUGAGGCGUGAAGGCAACAAAAAUCGUGGCGGUGGUGUUUCUUUUCUGUUUGUCAUCAUUGUUGGCUUGCUUGGCUUAAUUUUGGGGUAUCUCAUGAAGAGGACAUAAGCAUCCUUUUGCCAUAGAUUUUCUUGUCAUACUGUUUUCUUCUCGAUUCCCUUCUCGUCCCUAUUAUUGAAGAAUGAUGAUAGGAGAAGAAAGGAAUUAGGAGGGACUGGUUCUUUUUGUUAUUAGUUAGCUUUGUGAAAGAGACGAUUUAGGUGGGUUUCAGUCUGUAGUUGCGGGACUUUGAAGUAGUGCUUGGUAACUCAUGGUUUUCGUAACAUUCAUUCUUUUUGUAACUUAAAAAGAUGAUCUUCAUUUUGCUUCUAUGUGGUUUAACUAGGGAGAUUCUGGUAACAGCAUCUCUGGUGACUCAAUAAUUUUAUACAUUCAGUGUGCUGGAAAAUUAGUUUCUUGAUUUCACAA